AUGGGUCGUGUCAUCCGCAACCAGAGGAAGGGCCGUGGCUCCAUUUUCACGGCCAACACCCGCCUGAACAAGGCCCCUGCCCAAUUCCGGACCCUCGACUUCGCUGAGGCUCACGGUUACACCCGUGGUGUCGUCAAGGAGAUCAUCCACGAUGCCGGCCGUGGUGCUCCCCUCGCCAAGGUCCAGUUCCGCCACCCCUACAAGUUCAAGAUGAUCACCGAGACUUUCAUCGCCAACGAGGGCAUGUACACCGGCCAGUUCAUCUACGCCGGUAAGAACGCUGCCCUGACCGUCGGCAAUGUCCUUCCCCUCGGCUCUAUGCCCGAGGGUACCGUCGUUACCAACGUCGAGGAGAAGGCUGGUGACCGUGGUGCGCUUGGCCGUACCUCCGGUAACUACGUUACCGUUAUUGGCCACAACCCCGAGGAUGGCAAGACCCGUGUCAAGCUCCCCUCCGGUGCCAAGAAGGUCAUCAAGAACACUGCCCGCGGUAUGGUUGGUAUCGUUGCCGGUGGUGGCCGUACCGACAAGCCUUUGCUCAAGGCCGGUCGUGCCAAGCACAAGUUCGCCGUCAAGCGCAACUCUUGGCCCAAGACUCGUGGUGUUGCCAUGAACCCCGUCGAUCACCCUCACGGUGGUGGUAACCACCAGCACAUCGGUAAGGCCUCGACCAUCUCCCGCUACGCUACCCAGGGUCAAAAGGCUGGUCUCAUUGCCGCCCGCAGAACCGGUCUGCUCCGCGGUACCCAGAAGACCAAGGAUUAA